UACAACGGGAUGCUGGAAGAGGAAAAUCUCGUGUCAACAAGAUUUAAACCGAAAAGACUUGACAGCGGCAGGAUGUCAGUCUGCUCUUCUUCGCUUUAAAUGUUUGUCAGAGGGUCGAAGUGAAGACUGGAGAUGUCUGACGCCUGUUCUGAACCUGCUGGAGCCAUCAAGGCGAUUGACAAGCACUCAGUGCAUCAGAUCUGCUCGGGCCAGGUGGUGCUGACUCUGGCCACUGCGGUGAAGGAGCUGGUGGAGAACAGUAUUGACGCUGGAGCCACCAGUGUGGAUGUGAGACUGAAAGACUCUGGCACUGAACUUGUGGAAGUGUCAGACAAUGGCAGAGGUGUCGAGGAAGCGAACUUCGAGGGACUGACACUGAAGCAUCACACGUCGAAGCUGAGGGACUUCUCAGACCUCAUUCACGUGGAGACGUUUGGCUUCAGAGGUGAAGCGCUCAGUUCUCUGUGUGCUCUGAGUAACCUGAGCGUGAUCACCUGCCACGAGUCCAGCCAGGUGGGCACCAGGCUGCUGUUUGACCAGAAGGGCCACCUGGUGCAGCGGUGUCCUCAUCCCCGGCAGCAGGGCACCACGGUCAGCCUGCAGCAGCUCUUCUACACGCUGCCUGUUCGACACAAGGAGUUCCAGCGCAACAUCAAGAAGGAGUUCGCCAAAAUGAUCCACGUCCUGCAGUCCUACUGCGUCAUCUCCACCGGCGUGCGAAUCACCUGCUCCAACCAGAACGGCCAGGGGAAGCGCAGCACGGUCCUGAGCACCAGCGGCAGUCAGAGCAUGAGGGACAACAUCGGAGCCAUAUUCGGACCAAAACAGCUACAGAGUCUUCUACCAUUCCACCAAGUGUCUCCUACAGAAAAUGUUCUUGAGGAAUACGGCCUCAGAGACACAGAUUUGCCCCAGCAGCUUUUCACGAUCUCCGGGUUCGUGUCACACGGUGAGCACGGCGUUGGGAGGAGCGCCACGGACCGGCAGUUCUUCUUCAUCAACAACCGGCCGUGUGACCCGCUGAAGGUGAUCAAACUGGUGAACGAAGUGUAUCACAUGUACAACAGACAUCAGUAUCCGUUCGUUGCCUUGAACAUAGCGGUUGCCUCAGAGUGCGUGGAUGUGAACGUGACGCCAGAUAAGCGCCAGAUUUUCCUCCAGGAGGAGAAACUCCUGCUCACCAUUCUGAAGUCUUCCCUCGUCGCGAUGUACGAAGCUGGAGUCAACAAGCUCAGCAUGAAUUACACGCCGUCGCCCAGCAGCAGUGGGGAUCUCCAUCAAGGCGUCUCGUCCAAUGGAAGCAGGGACGAAUCCGCUGAAACCGUCCCAGCGGCGAUCCUCAGCCCCAAGACGUCCCUGAACCUGGCCGGCCUGAAAGCCGCCUUUUCAAAUCAUCACGGCUCCAGAUCGAGCGGGGAAAAGGCCUCCAUCGGCGGCCCGACUCAGAAAACCCUGCAGUCUUUUUUUCAAGGCCCUGGAAGGCUUUCUCCAAGUGUCAAAUCUCCAAUCAAACCUCCUACAGCUGAAGCCGGCCGCCCCACGGCGGGCAGGUCGCUGCUGGACGGGUUCAGAUAUGGAAGCCGGUCCGGCGGCGACGCAGAUUCUGAGAGAGAAAGCGUCGUGUCCGCUUGUGAAUUAACGGAAGCAGAAGCUGAUCCUGGCUGUUCCGACCCUCCUGAAGCGGCGCCUGAUCUCUCUGAUAGGAAACAUGAACCAGAAACAGCCGGCAGCAGUGAGGAGUCGCAGACUGAAGCGUGCAUCGCUGAUGGAGACCCGGCGAGCCCGGAGGCGAAGCGGGCCCGGACGGAGGAUCCACAGCUCCGGUCCGCCCGUCUCCAGGAGCUGGACGCCCCCGUCCGUCUGCAGAGGAGGACGGUGCCGCUGCGCUUCUCUUUACCGGCGCUGGCUGCCAGAGUGAAGAGGCUGCACGACCGUCAGAAGCAGAGCGGCGGCGCGGCGCUCAGGUACCGGCGCUUCAGGGCCAAGAUCGACCCGGGAGAAAACCAGAGCGCAGAGGAGGAGCUGAAGAAGGAGAUCAGUAAGGACAUGUUCAAAGAGAUGGAGAUCAUCGGUCAGUUUAACCUGGGAUUCAUCAUCACCAAGCUCAACUCGGACAUCUUCAUGAUCGACCAGCACGCCUCAGACGAGAAGUACAACUUCGAGAUGCUGCAGCAGCACACGGCCAUCCAGGGACAGAAGCUCAUCGCCCCACAGAAGCUUGGCCUCACGGCGGUCAGCGAGAACGUCCUCAUAGAGAACAUCGAGAUCUUCAGGAAGAACGGCUUCGAGUUCCUGAUUGAUGAGGAUGCUCAGGUCAUGGAGAGAGUCCGACUGGUGUCGCUGCCCACCAGUAAAAACUGGACGUUCGGCCCGGCCGACAUCGAGGAGCUGAUCUUCAUGCUGAGCGACAGUCCGGGGGUCAUGUGCCGCCCAUCCAGAGUCCGGCAGAUGUUCGCCUCCCGAGCCUGUCGCAAGUCUGUGAUGAUCGGGACGGCUCUGAGCGUCGGGGAGAUGAAGAAGCUGGUGGUGCACAUGGGGGAGAUCGAGCAUCCGUGGAACUGUCCUCACGGCCGGCCCACCAUGAGGCACCUGGCCAACCUGGACGUCAUCUCACAGGACUGAGCCGCCGGCAGAGAUGGAUGCACUCACAGAUUUCCCCUCUGUCCAGUUCAUUAGAGUGAAGCAUUACUGUCAUUUUGAGUGGGCAUAAAAACAAGAACUCUUUUUUUUUUAAUUGAGAAAUACUUUGAUUUUAUUAGAAUUGUGCUUCUUAUUUUGUUUUAAUGUAUAAUAAAAGUUUGAUUCAGUCUUA